CAGCUAUCCCAUGAAGUGCUUUGCCAUAUAUUUAAAUACCUCCCCCUGCAGGAUAUAAUGUGUAUGGAAUGCUUGUCACGGAAAUUGAAGGAAGCCGUAACUCUGUACCUGCGUGUAGUCAAAAUGGUUGAUCUUUGUGCUGGACGUUGGUGGGAGUAUAUGCCCACAGGUUUCACUGAUUCCAGUUUCCUGAAACUGCUCAAAAAGAUGCCAGAUAUUGAACAGCUUUAUGGCCUUCAUCCAAGGUAUUUGGAAAGACGCAGAGUGAGAGGCCAUGAAGCUUUUAGCAUUCCUGGUGUAUUAGAAGCCUUGCAGUCCUGUCCCAAUCUCCUGGGUGUGGAGACUUCACAUCUGGAGCUUGUAGAAGCUAUAUGGACAUACAUGCCACAGGUGCAUAUUUUAGGGAAAUUUCGAAAUCGAAAUGGAGCUUUUCCCAUACCACCAGAAAAUAAGCUGAAAAUACCAAUUGCAGCCAAAAUUCAGACCUUGCAUUUAGUAGGAGUAAAUGUGCCUGAAAUACCUUGUAUCCCAAUGCUGCGGCAUUUAUAUUUGAAAUGGGUGCGCUUAACCAAACCUCAGCCUUUUAAGGACUUCCUGUGCAUCAGUCUGCGAACAUUUGUAAUGCGGAAUUGUGCUGGACCCACAAACUCUUUAAAGUAUGUGCCCUUGGUGACUGGUUUGGCUUCUGCUCGGAACUUGGAACAUUUGGAGUUGGUUAGAGUUCCAUUCCUUGGAGGACUUAUCCAGCAUGUGGUGGAGGACAGCUGGCGGUCUGGAGGGUUUCGGAAUUUGCAUACAAUUGUUUUGGGAGCUUGUAAGAAUGCUCUUGAAGUGGACCUUGGCUACCUCAUAAUAACAGCUGCUAGAAGGUUACACGAAGUACGCAUUCAGCCCUCUCUGACCAAAGACGGAGUGUUUUCUGCACUGAAGAUGGCAGAGCUAGAGUUCCCUCAAUUUGAAACUUUACAUCUGGGAUACGUUGAUGAGUUUUUGCUACAAUGUAAGAUGACUAAUGCUGAUCUAAUGAAGUAUGGCCUGGCAGAUGUGGCAGAGAACCCUGGUAUUAUCACUGACAUUGGCAUGAAAGCUGUAAAUGAAGUCUUUUCCUGCAUCAAGUACUUGGUGAUCUAUAACUGCCCUCACCUGCACAAUCCAAAGAACUGGAUCACAGAUCACUCUCGCUGGAACAGGCUGGUUGAUCUUAGCCUGGUUCGCUGCCAUGCCAUAAAGUUGGAAUCCUUCAGUCAGUUUGUGGAGCUGCUCCCCAGCUUGGAGUUUAUCUCACUGGACCAGAUGUUUCGAGAACCUCCUAAGGGCUGUGCCCGCGUGGGCCUUAGUGCAGGCACUGGAAUUGGUGUUUCUUCUGCCUUGGUAAGCAAUCAGAACUCCAACAAUGAGAAUGAAAACAAUAACAAUCAUCAAAACAACAACCUACAGCACAAUAAUAACCAACAGCCACCUCACAUACCACCCCCGCCCCCCCCCCCCCCCCACCCACCCCCCCCACCGCCUCCACCACCGCAAGAGGAAGGAAAUGAAGAACCAGACCUCAGGCCAGAGAACAAUGUGGAAGAACAGCAUAUUGCUGCUGAGGCUCUAAAUGACAUGGAAGAUGUGUCACAAGAUGAAUUAAGACUUCCAGAGCAAGAAAAUGAAGUUCCAAAUGUGGCAGUGAUACCCAUGGAUAUGGAUGAGGAACGAGCAGGACCCAGUGGUUUACAGCCAGCUGUGAAAGCUGCGCCAAUUACAGUCCAUGACUCUGACAGCGAAGAUGAUGAUGACAUUGUUGGUAGUCACGGUGAGUGUGGCACUUCAGUUGACUACCCUCCUGAGAACAACAAAGGUGAACAAUUGGCAGAAUCCCAAGAGGGCACAAUAACUGUAAGUGGGAAAGGCAAAGCACCCUUGCGCAAGAAGUGCAGUGUUACAGCCAAGAGUCCGCCAGAACAGGCCACACCAAGUGAAGAGAGUAGCUGUGAAAAAGGGUGUCAAGUAACUAGUGAACAGAUCAAGGCAGAUAUGAAGGCAGCCAGCGAUCCAACUGAGAGGAACAAAAGCAAAGAUGGUUGUGGUGAUGUGGGCACAGCAGGUGGAGUUAUAAAUGCUUGUGAAUCUGCUCCGCAACAAAUGGACAGCGAUCCCUCUUUGAAUGAAAGUUCUGAUCUUUCGGAAGAAUCUGAUUCUUGUACAUGCAAUAGGACCGGAGAACCCAGUGCUGCCCCAGAGCAAGCACCUAGCGCACGGUGUCCCCAUUGUUCCAGAAAUAUGAACCUGGAGCUGACAAUGCAAAGAGGAAAUAGUGGGGGUAGUGAAGGGCCUCAGCCCUCCACUAGUCGGUCCUUUCCAGGAAAUGGCCCAGAGUACACACUCAGGACUCCACAAAGUGCAACACACAGGACUAAUACAGAAACAGAUUCAAUUGCUUCCUCUGCCUUAUGCCGGGCAGAACAGCAUGGACAGAAUUCUCAGAGGCCUCUCACAAGGGCAAGAUCAAGGCUUUCUCAGGUGUCACUGGUGUCUGAUGGUGAAGCAACACCAAAAAAUAGGAAAGCUGUGAAGAGGAAACGCACUGCAGAUAAGUCUACAAGCACUAGUGAUCCAGUCAUUGAGGAUGACCAUGUACAGGUUUUGAACCUUAAAUCCAAGAAUCUUGUGGGUAUUACACUAACCAACUGUGGCAUUACUGAUUUGGUUCUUAAGGAUUGCCCAAAAAUGAUGUUCAUUCACGCAACACGAUGCCGUGUCUUAAAGCACUUAAAGGUUGAAAAUGCUCCCAUAGUGAAUCGUUUUGACUAUGCACAAUGUAAAAAGCUAAAUAUGGAACAGGUCUUGGACCAGAUUCUUAGAAUGCCUCCUGAGAGAAAUCGAAUAAUCUACUUACGUCCAAUGCAGCAAGUAGAUACAUUGACCUUAGAGAGACAGAUAUUUAGUGGACCAUAUCCUUACCACAUCUGUAUCAUACAUGAGUUUAGCAAUCCUCCUAAUGUAAGAAAUAAAGUCCGUGUGCGGAGCUGGAUGGACACCAUAGCGAACAUCAAUCAAGAGCUCAUUAAAUACGAAUUUUUUCCUGAGGCCACUCGGACAGAAGAUGAAGUUAAGAAAUAUACAAAGUAUCCUUGGGGCCGGGACAUAUACACACUGGAAGGCAUUGUAGAUGGUGCUCCAUACUCCAUGAUCACAGAUUUUCCAUGGCUUCGCUCGCUUAGAACUGCUGAACCGAACAGCUAUGCAAGAUAUGACUUUGAGGAUGAUGAAAAAACUACCAUAUAUGCUCCCCGACGAAAAGGGCAACUUUCAGCUGACAUCUGCAUGGAAACGAUUGGUGAGGAGAUUUCAGAGCUUCGGCAGAUAAAGAAAGGAGUAUUCCAGCGAGUUGUUGCCAUAUUUAUACAUUACUGUGAUGUUAAUGGUGAACCUGUAGAAGAUGACUAUAUAUAG